AUGAAUCCAAAUACUUCAUCGCUCCAUGAUACCAAGUCAUUGGUCAACUCAUUUAAGUCUGUUUCUUCAUUUAAAAAGGAUUUAACACAAAUGAGUGUUGGAGGAAUUACUGAUUUCAUAAGCGAUUAUUCAAAAAUUAUGGUUUCUCUUUCGAAGAAUUAUGCAUCCAAUCAAUCUUCCAAUUCUGAGGUUGAUUCCAUAAGUAGUUAUAUUGAUACGGUCCAAGAUGUGUUGGAUAUUAUAUCAAAUUGCAUGACGGCAUUGCAAUCAUAUACCAAUGACAAGUAUAGCUCAGUAAUCGAAAAUAUGAUUUCAGUGACAGCAUUGACGACAAACACGACAGACCCACAUGUUUUGAAAAAUGAAGCUUUCGAGGUAGUGAUAUUACCAGAUUUGACGAAUCAAACAAGUAACCAACCUCUUGCACUCAAUGGAAGCAUCACCAUUGCAACGCCAGAUUCAUUAAUUUCCAAAACUGCUCAAUCAGGAAAGAAAUUAUCAUUAGGAAGUGUCAAGUAUUUAUAUAGCUCAAAGAUCGUACCAAGUCAAACCGUACAAUUUGAAUUUAACUCGACCACAACAACAAUCAUUGCAGAUACUUCGCAAGAUUUGUUGAAUACUAUUCAAUCUCUUUCGAACAAUUUCACAAGCAAUUCCACCCUAUCAACCAAUAAUUCAUCAUCAUCUACCCCAUUUGUUCGUGUUUCCAUUUCUCCAAUUAUAUCUGUGGAAUAUUUACAGAAUGGGUUGAUUACUGCUCUCACCAAUUUGUCAAAACCUAUCCGAAUGAACUUUCCAGCUGUCAACACUUCCAUGAUUUCUCAAAUUGAACAAUUUACGAAACCUUUCAACCUCAAAUAUAACUUUAUAUUUUUCACAAGCAACGCGUACAAACUUCUCAUCAGACCCACAAUUAAUGGCUCAAAUUAUCAUUUCAUACAUCUUUAUCAUUUGCAUUGUAGUAAUCUUUGUCGGAUUGCUUAUCAUGUCAAAUAUCAAAUCUUUACCAAACAACCAAUUAAGAGUCGAUGGAUUUUCCCAUACCUUUCACUGAUUGCUCUCUUCAUAGAAAAUGCCUUUUCCAAUAUUGUCUCAGACUCGAUUACACUUAGCAUUAAUAAUGGAACGUCAAACAUUAGUUAUGAUUCUGUGAAUAUUAUCAGAGACGUGUCUGCCAUGGUUGUAGUUACAUUGGUCUCGUUGGCGAUUUGGAAUUUUGUGCUGAAUCACCUUAGAUACAUUCUAUUCAGAUACAUGUACGAAAUUAUGUUUAACGAGAGACAAGUAUCUUUACAACAAGUGUCACCAUUUUUGAAACUCAUUUCCAGGAAGAGAUUUAUGAUGCUUUCAAAUUGUGCCAUGAGUGUGUGUGUGAUUGCUUAUUUUGUCAUUUUCAUCUCAUUAACAAGAACAAGUGUCAUUAUAUCAACAACAUAUUCAUGGAUUAUGAGCCUGUCAUUUUUUGUGUUUGUUAUGAUCAUGACAAUAUGUUUAAUUGGAAUUUAUUUGUUUGAUAUCUAUAUGGAAUUCAAGUAUAAGCAAAUAUCGAGUGAAAUGCAAAAUGUUGGAAAGGAUGUCUUAUCUAAUGCAACUUCACAAACAUCCAAAUUAGAAAAUUUCGUACAAGGAAUCACAAAAUCAUUUCCUAAAACUGGUGUAAAAGGUGUUCAAGUGAAUUUGAAUUUCUAUUCAACUUCAUCUUUCCUACGAAGAUUGCAACAUUUCUUUUCUACCAAUGACAGAUUAUUCUUUAGAUUAGAGGCUGUCAUAUUUUUCACAUCGAUUGUGUUCUAUAUUGUUGCUUAUGCAUUAGGUUUUUCUGUUCUAUCAAACUCCUCAACAAGCUCAAUCACAAGCACUUAUUCACAAAUAACUACCUCCGAUGAUAUGAACACAAUUCUCCAAUUGGCGUUCAAUUUGGUUUUUCAAACAUUAUUUGAAGCUGGAUUUAUCAUUUCAUUUGGUGGAUUGGUAUUUAUUGGUGCAUUUAUUAAGAACUCCAAGAAUGUAUCAACAAGAGACGCAUCAUCUUCAACAACUAUGAACAUGGAUCAGAAUGAACAGGAUGAUGUUUCUAAGCUUUUGAAAAAUCCAAGCGCCAAAAAGUAUUUGAACAAUUUUGUAAAUUAG